AAGAUAACAGACAAAUAUCAAAGAAAACGUAUUAUCGAUACGAGAGAUACGAGAAAUUUUAGAGUUAGUUAAAGGUGAAAUAAUAAAAACACUCUUCUAUUUUUGCAACCUACUUCUGAGUUCCAGAUAUCUCAAGUUUAGAUCAUAAUGGAAAUCCAAGCAAUAAACACCCAAAUGAUCAAUCUCGUACGCAAAAUCGAUGCUGACGAAGGAGCAAUCGAUCUCUACGUCAAACAGCAAAUAUUGCAAGCACUAAAUUUUUAUUCAGAUCAGGUCAAAAAGUCAAAAUGCAGUUCAACUGUACAAGAAAACCUCAAUUACGCAAAAAGCAUGUUACUAAGUCUACCAGCACAAAGAAACGACUUGGAAAUCUCAGCUAUAUCGAACCGUGAACUUAGCUAUAUGAGACAGAACUUGAUGGAAAUGGAACAACAAAUUAAGCGUAAUAAAAUUCAAAUGGACAAAUAUGCAAACAUUCUGAAAAUAACCUCUCACCAAGCACAGCAUGUAGAUCGAUUUAAACCUUUCAGCAUUAAGCAACGUAUUGAUUUGUCCUUGAUGUUUCUAACAUUAUACACAUAUACAGAGCCUGUAAAAAUUAGAAACGUGUUAGCAUCGACGAUUUUGCCGUGCUUGAAACGAGUGCGGUCUCAUAUUGCAAACUUCAACAUACAGAAGGUAAUUCCAGCAGACGUUAAGGUGGUUAGAAAUGUACUGUCAGAAGUCUUAGAUAUGUUGGAAAUUACUAAAAUAAGUUGCACAGAGACGCUAGAACAAGUUGCGCAGAAAUAUACAAAAAAUAUGUUUUUAGGAGAUCCGAAUCACACUUUGAACGCUUUAAGUCACGAGUUGGAUGUCUACCACGAUGAUAUUACAACACUUAGUGUCCCAGUCUCGGAAGAUAUUUUAAAGUCGAUUGAAGAAAAAAUUUUGUGCUUUAUGAAUGUUAAACUUCCGCAGGUUCCUAGCCAGAAUGACAACAUCAAAGAGAAAAAACGCCAACUCUGUGAAGAAGCUAAAUUUAUUCUAUAUAAUUUAGAGAAUGUUAAUGCACAAAAUUUCCGUUUAAGUCAGACUGAAGAAAAAAUUUCGCAGAUAGUUGACUCCAAUCGUGAAUUUGAAGAAAAAAUAAAUCUUUUGGAAAAUGUGAAACAAAUAACUGGGCAGAUUGACACGAUCAAUGAAACACUACUUUCCAAAAGAAAUGAAAUUCUGAAAAAAAUAUCAGGACAUUUAAUGGCAGAAGCAGCUGCUUAUGCUAGGCAGAAGUUAGAAGUUGUUGAUGAUUACAUUAACUAUGCGCAAAAAUUUGCUUUUCCGAAGCAUAUUGAAAUGUACGACAUCAAAAUGGGAGAAAUUCGUGCAUUGAAGAACAGUCUUGAAAAUUUAUCUGCAGACAAUGAACUUUGUAUUAAAGAAAGAGUUCAAGUAUUUAGGGACCGUGUAGAAGAGGCUGCCACAGUCCUAGAAAAGAAAGCGGGCGAAAACGAAGAAACCAUUUUAAGCUUGGAGAGUUUACAAUCCAUUCUAGAAGAAAUUUUAAACAGUGAAGACUCUUGGACUUUAGACGCGUUUAAUAGUUAUAGAAGUGAGAUUGAAAUCAUUGAUAGUUUCUCUUCUAAAAUUAUUAGCAAGAAAUUAGAAGUACUUAAAUGUCUUCAUGACUUCGAAAGGAAGUUUUAUGAGCAACAUUUCCCCGAAAAACUAGAAACGAUUUCCUUUCUUUUAAAUAAAUAUGAACGGUACACAAAAAAAUUGGCACGUACAAACACUCUUGCAAAAUUUUCGCAAAGAAAACAGAAUAUUGCAAAAUUGCAAACAGAUACCAAGAAAUUUCUACAAAGCAAUUCUUUUUCUGGAAACCUGUUAACAGUUUUUGAUAAAAUUUUUGACCAGCUCUGGCGUGUUUUACAAAAGAAUGAAGAACUCAACGAGAUCAUUAGGAAUUUAGAAGAUUUAGAGAACGAAGUGUCUAAUGCAGAAUUUGAAACUUCAAGUGAGGAAACGAUGCAUUAUUUAGCAACUCUUAGAAGAAAAACAGCUGCACUGAAGACAUUUAUCAAAGGAAACAAUAUGUUAAACAGAAUAUCAAAUAUUGAAGCAAAAAUCUUAACAAAAGAGUCAAAAAUACUUUUAACCAAUAUUCUGAACAACGAUAUUAAACAGCUUGGGGAAGAGAUCAGAUCUCACAAUUAUCAAAACGAUAAUAUCUUGGAGGAAAUCGACUGCAUUUUAAUUUUAAAGGAACGCAUUCACGACGUACCAGAUGAAUUCGGAGAACUAGAAGAAGUAAAAAAAAAUGCGCUAGAGCAACUCUACUUGAUAACACACCGUUUGGACAAACAACUUGCGAAAUCUGUAUUUAAGAAGCGGCAGUGGCAGAACGUUAUAAAUGUAGAAAGUUACUUUAAAAAUUUACGAAUUGAUGGUGUUCUAGACAGGGAGAGUAUUGAAUUUGUCGAAAAGGUUGUUGCUUGCGCUAAAAUUUUAGAGGAUAGCGUUAACUGUUAUUUAGGAACAAAGGAUUCUGUGGAUUACUACAUAAUUCAUGAAAGUUUGAUGCGUCUGUUGGAAGAUCUCGACGAACUAGAAUGUGAUGACGAUGCGUUAUGGGACGCAACUGUGAAGGGUAUCGAGUACAUUAAAAAAUUGAAGAAACAGUUGUUAUCAAAUGCUUCUUUUUCUGAUUGACCUUGUUUCUAGAUUUAUUCUAUUGCGAUUAUUUUAUAUGUUAAAAAAAUGCUGGCAAUAAUAAUAAACUGUUUGAUAUGUUA